AGUGACCUUGACGGCUAUUUACAUUUCGAAGCUGAAUUGCGCUUCUCACAUCAACACUAAGAUUGUUUGCAGAAGUAAAGUGUGUGGACAAGCCAACCAGGUCUUGGCGCGAUAUCAUUCUCUGAAUUGAAGUGGAUGCCAUUUUUUGAACAGAAACAAUAAUUUGUGUACAUUCUUGAUCGCCUUAUUUUGGAGAUUAAUCUCCGCUUUGGAAUAAAUUUUGGAAAAACUCCAUAGAAAUUUCGGGCACUUGGCACAAAAAAACCCGAAACUUCCCUGUGUUCGGAAAAAUCCCCGAAUUUUCGGGGAAAUCUAGGGUUUUCCCCAUUUUAUCCAGAAUCUUAUAACACUUUGGAUUUGCUUUCCCAAAUUUCUUCAGACAUUGGGAGAGACCAAUAAAUUUCUUACGGCUCUUGGGGAAACCCAAGAAUUUACCCAGAAAUCUCGAAUGUUUUCCAAAAUAUGGAGAUUGGGUUAAUACUUUGUUCAUGUAGAAAUUCUCUAUCAGUUGUAAUUGUAUAACUUUUUCAUAGUAAAUAGUUCCAUAACCAUACAAUGUUUUUUGAAAAACAUAUAUAGAAUCUCGCUCUCAAUGCAUGUGCGCCUACAUGCUAUUGAUGUGUUCACUUAUCCACAACUAACCUGAUAGCAUCAGGGCUAGUAAACUAGUCAGUUAGUAGACGUCUUUCUCUCAUCUGGUUAAAAGUCGUGGAAAACAAUCAAAGUUUUCUAGUUGCUUAUCAUUUUAGGCCAAAAAGUCUCUCGAAAUCUGUCUCAAGUGGGUACUAAAACUCAUGAGUAAUACUACCUGGCUACAUAACAUUUUUGGCGAGACUAUAAUUUAUGGACGAACCAAUAAGGUAUAAGAUAAUAGGCUUCAGAUAUUGGCGCGAAAUUCACUCAUCCAAUUUGGUUAAAUAGUUUCGGCAUUAUAGCUGAUGUCAGUUCGUGAUGAAAACCCGAAAUCUAAUUCCUGACGUUAAUUAUCAACUGUAAAACAAUCCUAAUUCCUCACACAGGUUUAGAACCCUCAUGUGGUCAUAUAUAUUAGGUGGACACUCUCAAGGUCAGUCUAGCUUAGCUCAAAGGUCGUCCAUAAAUUAUAGUCUCACCCUUGUUGCUCUAUGGACAUCUCUUAAACUAGAAAUUAAACUGGGAAUGUUUUGAAGUUCAAAUAAGAUCCGCGUUUUUAGUUCCCAAUUACUUAGACAUAUGUACUCACCUGUCACAUGAGUUUUCCUAAUGUAGGCUUUUAAAAUGUGCACUUGGAUGAUGUCUGUUAACAAGUUUAUCGAGAUUACUUCAUAUUCUGUCGACCAUAUAAGUCUAUUCGUAUACAAGUUACUUCAGUCGGCUGAAUACCGGUUAUUUUCUCUGCGUAUCAGUACUGAAGGAUACAAUCUUAAUUCAUCGUGAUUAGACAAAACAGUUUAAAACCAGAAUGUCAAUUAUCUUAUAUCUGUUUGUCAAAAAAAUUUUCCGUAGUGAUCAAUCCCUGUUUCGACCCCAGAGCGCUGCGAUUAUAACCAUUAAAUGGUUUUUAUUAUGAGAUCUUGAGUUUAUUUGGGUGUUGGAAAAUUAGACACAAUACUUCCAAAAGUUUUGUCAAAGAAAACAUGCAUAGCACGUCAUUUCUUGAAAAAAAUUUCUUUUUAUUGUUAAAAGUGUCCUAAACAUAUCUUACAAACAUUUAAUCAAUAUUCAUACAUAACUGAUACUGUAUCACUACCUUUCUCCUGAAUUAGAUGGAGAGACUAUAAUUUACGGAAAAACCAAUCGAAUUUCAGUUAAUAGGUUUUGAAUUUCGGCACGAAAUAAAUAUAAACUGUUACGUUCGUUAUUCUGUUCCGUUGGAUUAAUGCUACCAUGAUAUUUAGAUCAAAUGUACAUGAAGGAGGCUUUAGAUCUCUACUCUAGUGACCAGAAGUGGAGUGCUCGAACCACCAAGACAUAAACCGUUGGACUUGUAUUAUUCAUCAUAUUUAUUCCCGUAUAAGUUUCUUGUCCUUCUAGGAUAAAAAGCGGCACUGCUCCGUCGUUGAUAUAGCAGUUAUAUGUCUGUUAACGAAUGCUAGUCAAAGGUGAUACAUAUAUUUAAAUAUCUACGAUCGAGCUACUACAUACUUAAUAACGUCCUACUUUCAUUUUUAUGUAUGCUAGGAGUUUUGACUUUAACAUCGUCACGAAUGCGAUUAUCGCGUAGCAAUUACUUCCUACGUCAAAAAUGCAUCAUUUUUCGUCAAAAGUGUAAAUUGACGGAGAACAGUCCCAUUCGUGUACGUUUCGCUCCAAGUCCUACAGGUUUUAUGCAUUUAGGCGGUUUACGUACUGCCUUAUUUAACAAGUUGUUUGCUGUGAAACACUCGGGGAAAUUCAUACUACGUAUUGAAGAUACGGAUAAGUCCAGAGUUCAACCAUAUGCUAAGGACGAUAUUAUCGAGUCGCUUCACUGGUCUGGACUAACUCCUGACGAAAGUCCAACCACUGGUGGAAAUUAUGGUUCGUACAUUCAAUCGGAAAGAAGACCCCUGUAUUCAUCUAUUGCUCAAAAGUUAAUUGAUGAAGGAUUUGCUUAUCGAUGCUUCUGCUCUUCAGAACGACUAGCUAUCUUACGCAAGGAACAAAGUCGUCGUAGGGAACCUCACCGUUAUGAUAAUCGUUGCCGUAAUUUAUCUCAAAGGGAAAUCGACGAAAACUUAUCAGCUUCUCGGCCAUACGUUAUUCGGUUCAAGAUUGAUAAUUCACCAAUAAAAGUAAAUGACAUCAUUUAUGGAAAUUCUGUCUUCAAUUCACUCAAUUCUGAAGGAGAUUUUAUCAUUGUGAAAUCCGAUGGUAUGCCUGUUUACCAUUUGGCCAACGUAAUUGAUGAUCAUUAUAUGGAAAUCAGUCAUGUUAUUAGAGGAUUUGAAUGGUUUACUUCCACGCCUAAGCAUUUGAUGCUAUACAAAGCUUUAAAUUGGUCACCUCCACAGUUUGCACAUCUUCCUCUGUUACUUUCCAGUUCAGGUGGUAAACUGUCUAAACGUAGUCCAGAAUUCUCUCUUAUCGGUAGUGUUCACAGUUUGCAUAAGGCUGGUUAUAUGCCGUCUGCCGUAUUGAAUUGGUUGACAUCCACCGGAGGUGGUGUCUGUCAUGAUGAUUCUAACGAAAAGGGCGACUUUUCGAAUAAGUGGAGGCCUGAAUUUGAAUUCUCUGAAUUAGUUUCUCGAUUCAACUUAAGUAAUAUCAAUCGUCAUAACGCUCAUUUAUCAACAGAUUUGUUAAAAAUAUGCGGCCAAUUUCAUUUUGAUAAAGCUGUAAACAAUGCAUUGGAUUAUUGUAUAAUGCAUCAAAAGCAAAGUAAUCAGACCACUUAUAAAACUCCACAAAUACUAGAAACAAUUAAAGAAUAUCUGCAGUCAAAUGUAGAAAACCUAUCUAUUGGUAAAAGUCAAUCUGCUCAAAAUGAUUUGCGUGUGUUGAGACGAUUGCAACUCUUGAAAUGUCGUAUUCACUGUUUAGAUGACUUAGUCGACCCCGAUAAUGGUUUCUUAUUUAUGUGGAAGUCUCCAGAUUUAGCUACUUGUGAAGGCGUUAUCACUAAAAUUUCUAUCAAAAUACCUUUACAAGAUAUACUCAGAUUGUUUGGAUGUUUUGUUGAAGAAAUGAAUCAUAUUCUUCAGAAAGAACAAGUGAAUGAUAGCACAGAUUUAAACUCCGAUGUGAUAACAACUUCCCUUCAGAGUGUCUGCGAACGUUCAGGAGUUGAACGUAAGACUGUAUUGCACCUAAUCAGAUUAGGCCUUAUAGGAUUCGAGGUGGGGCCUCCUGUGGUCGAACUUAUUCAAUUGUUGUCUAUACCAGAAGUGACUAAUCGGAUAAACAAUCUAAAUAAUUUUCUAAUACGGAACUGUUCUCAAUCUCAUGAAGCUUUGUAAACGUUCAUAGCUGGUCUUACUAUUUUUUUCUGAUUUGUAUAUUUAAUUGAUUCCUACUUUAAGAUCAAUAUAGUACUUCUUGAAUCUAA